AUGGCAGCCCGGAGCUCCGCCCCCAGCAGCGCGAAAAAGUGGCUCACGUCGCUGUUCCGAGACGCGACGCACGCGCCGCCGUCGUCGUCCAAGUCGGUAGCGAAAGAGCGGCUGCAGAUCAUCCUCGCGCACCAGCGAGGCAGUCAGGUGCUGGCGGGCGUGGACCUGGCAGCGCUGCAGCAGGAGCUCCUCGCGUGCGUCCAGCGCCACAUUCGAGUCGCAACGGGCGCCAAUAUCAACAUUGCAGUCAAGCACGAGGGCCAAUUGGAUAUUUUUGAAAUGCAAGUGCCGGUGGACGGCGACCACGCGCUUGAGGCACAGAAGAGCGGCCAGUAG